AUGCAGUGCCACGUUGUCAACCACUCGGCGAAGUCGAUCAAUACCUUGCUUGGGAUCGAAUUGAAUGAUCGAUCGGCCAGUCGAAUGACUAGAUCAAAGAACCUGAAAGGAAAUCGAAGACAAGUAACAUCCCUCUUCUACUGUAGACAAGCAAAUGAACUGAAGCCAUUCGCCGCCGAUCAAUGGCCGACUUAUAUACUUCCGUGUUCGCAUCAUCUACGAACGGAAACCCGUAAAACUUCGUGGAUUUCUCCUCGUGAUGAAGAUUGUAAGUCGUGA